AUGUACGGCUCGACAAUUGCUUUGGGGUUCGGCCUUGUGUCUGCAAUCAUCGGCGCUGCUGGAGCUGCCAGCGUUCCAAACAUUGUGUAUCGAGGUGACCAUCGCAGCCCGGCAAUAAUCCAUAAACAAGGCGGCUUCUUUGCUAGAGGUUAUGCGGUGGGAGUUGAGCCCGAUCCGAAAUUUCCAUAUCACAAGCACGUCGAGCACAAUCCGUUCGACCCUGAAAACUUGAAGAGUCCUUUUCUGUCGGUAUCGUCCAGGCGGGAUAUUGCGCAAUUCCACAUUCGGCAUUAUAUGCCCGAGAACAACAAGAAUUAUGUUUACGUCUACCAUAUCAACACCACCGGGGUGGUAAAACAGUAUUACCAUGACGUCAACGCCCUGUAUGCGGAAGAUGAAGUGGAACAUACUUUUUCUUACGAAAAUGAAUUCCUGUCGGAUCAUCCAAUUCUGUGGCGGGCCAUCACGGGGUGGGAUGUCGUCAACCCGCAGGGUGUAAUCAAGGAGACGGUGACUGUGGAGAACCUUAUGCACAUGAUAGCGUCUACACGCGGGGGCACUCCAGUCACGCCAGAGAAAGUCCAGAGAAUCCUCGAUUGGGCUUACGUGGCCUACAAUGGCCUGGAUGAGCUCAAGAAGGCGACUGAAGAAAAACUGGCCAAGGAGAAGGCGGGUGGUCAACGCGGUGCGGCUCGACAUGUUCAGCCGCAGUUACUAUAG